AUUGAAGUGAGUCAUCUCUAGGAAGUGUGGUAAAAAGGAAAAGAAAAAAAGUUAGAACUGUUCCGUGAACAGCAGAGAGCUCAGUUAGAGUGUGUGUAGUCGGCAAAGAGACGGAAAAUACUCAGAAGAUUAGCCAGGCAAUAGGCUUUAAAGCGAGUGUGAACCUGCGUGAGUCACUCUCUAACUACAGGUUCACUUGUCUCAGCUGGAUUUGACUGCUGAAGGUGUGCUACUGACUUUAGGUUCAAGUCCUCACCUGAGAGGAUCUGCGAUAGUGUGGUGUAGGUUUACCUGCGGCAGAAGAAAAAUACAAGCACAAUAGCCUUUACAAGCAGGAAGAACACGUUUAUUAGUACUCGUAAUACUUUGAGAUGCUUUAGGUGAGUGUAGUGAAGCAUAUUUGCACUUUUCUAUUUGCAAACUUUUUCUGGAUUCCACAAAUUAUCAGCGUCUCGAGUCAGAGGAUUUUUGGUGCCUUUUCGCAGCGAGGAUCUUAAAAAAAAGGAAAGGGUUUCAGCAGAGCUCAAACAGUCUACUGAAAUCUUCCUCUUUCCUGGAUCAUGUACCAGGACUACUCCGGGAACUACGACACCUCGUCCCGCGGCAGCAGCACAUCUCCGGCCCAGCCAGAGUCCUUCACAAGCGGCAGCAGCACGAUCGGGAGUCCGAUCUCUACCUCAAGCUACCAGGUAAAACUGGCACACCGAUACACCAUUAAUAAAUCAUUAUCCUAGAUUUUUUUUAUAUAUAUUUCUAGAGUGAAAACCCUCUUGUAAAAGCAGCUUAUCUUUUUGAAUAUUCAUCUGGGUUUAAAAAUACAUAUCUUGGUUCUCCGGCUACACGGAUGGCACUAAGGGCACAGCGCGUAUCGGUGACUGAAAAGAUGCCAGAUUACAUGUAUGCAGAGUGAAACAGACUUGAAUAGUGUUUCAUCUGUGAUUUCUAUCAUGUGUCAAGAAAUCCAACAAUCUGUCCUUAUCGUUAAACAAAAAUGUAAAGACAUCCCACAGGUUACACUGACACAUGUAAAGCAACCUGUGCCCUGAAGUGGAAGGGGGUCACAUUUAAAGGGAUUUGAACCUCAUUUCUCCCCCAUGUCACCUCGCAAAGCUGUAGUAUUUUUUGGUCUUUGCGUCUGUGGCACCGCGCUAGGGACGCAUUUUACGCGCAUGCAUUAUAAAGGCGAUAAACCCUUUAGGACGCCUACAUGACAUACCCUGAGCUAUUUACACAUUCCUGUAGUCUGGCUACAGAUUAAACCUUUAGUGGUAAAUGCAACAGGCAUGUACUGUUUGAUACCAGAAUUAGCACCAUGAUGAUAAGGUGAUGUUUAGUUUCACGGGUCUGCCAUUUCAAAUAUUUAAAAUUACAACAUAAAAAUGCAGAAUGUGCGGAGCUAAAGUUUGUUCUCAUGGAGGAGGUUAAGCUUAAUGGAUCAUCAGAUCUAUCAUAAGACUGGUGUCUGAUUUCCCAUUCGGCUCUCGCGCUUCACAUGGCUCAUUUCCUCCAGUGGGAAGCGGGCACAGACGGAGAGCGCAGAGCAAUCUCCGUCUGUCGCAACUCCUCGGGAAAAUGCCAUAAAGUGAAGCCGCUGCGCUCGAGACCGCCUAUAAACAAGAAUCUGUGCACUCGAUGUCCUCAAUUCACCAGAAGAUAGUGUUCCAGAAGUUCCUAUUAUGAUAUACAUUACUGUAGGCGUGCCAGGGGAGCGUUAUAAUGAGGACGCCUUGCCUGUAGAUGCACAAAUAAUAGGAUACAAAUCCGGGAAGAGGAAUGUUGUUUACCCGCUCCUUGUCUUGUGCUGGUGCACUUCUGUGGAAAAAUCCGCGUCAGGCUCACGCAACCUGACGGUAAACGACUUUUGGCCGGUGUCUAUCAUUGCUCUGGUUCCCUGUAAUCACACUCUGGUUGUCUGUUUCUUAUUACAGCGGGCUGGGACAUGACCUCAGGUUUAUUGAGAUCAAAACAAGGCAUUUAUUCUGCUUUUAUUAGACUAAAAGACCCAGAGUUUGAUCUGUUAGGCCGAGACUGGUUUGAAAAUGAAGCCAAACGACUCCACUAGUUAUCCUUACACUCAUGCACAUGCACACACAUUCUUUAAACGGGAAUUUAACGCCUCUAUAUUGACGCCAAAAAUAUAAUUCUGGUGAAGUGUUUGGCUUGUUACAGCUGGCUGCUUCCCUCUUUACUGGAACUGAGCGCGUUUCACAUGUGCUUAACAAAUCCCAUACACAAUGACUCACCAGAUAAACAAAGUUCCAAUGGACUGCCGGGAUAUCCGACGGAAAGUCGGGAAUAACGGGGAUAUGGGGACGUGCGUAAUUUACGCACACUGGCAGGCAGGCUUCCCGGCUCUCUGUGGACCCCAGGGACGUGCAGAAACACACAUCUGACAUCAGUUCCCACACUGGGAUCGUCACUUACAAAUGCCAAUCUUGAUUGGAAAUACGUGAAAAUAUGUAAUGUGGAGGAUCUGCAGAUUUCCAAGUCCUUGGUUUAAAAGGCUUGAAGUCAUAAUCUUGUCACUGGAUGAGAAUCACAGCAUACUGCAUCACAGCAGGGCUCUGAUAUUUCCAUAACUGCAGAAAUUUGCAUUAUUUUUUCUUUAAAUAUUUUUUUCAUCCAAGAAAGAUUGAAUUUAAUUAGUCAAAAACAAGAAAUAAUUUAUACCACUUGAAAAGCAUGCAGUAGAGCAGUUAUAAGAAGGAUGUUCCCUCUGUCAGCCCCACUUGAAGUACAUAUCCAAUCAGAGGGUAAAUAAUCUGUAUGUUUUACCGUCCUGCCAGUCCAGACGUGUCAAACACUUCCUCAGCUGUGUGUUUUGUCUCAUGGUUAUUGUAGUAAAGCGAGAUACACUGGACACCCUGGGCUUUCCCAUGAUUCACAGCAUGUGUCACUGUUCCACUCCAGGGGUUACAUACACACUGUUUUGCCUAUGUGAACUGAAUCAUUACUAUAAGCUCAAAAUGUGGAAAAAUGUGUGAAUUUGAUAAAGGUGGGCGGUGGUGUGUGCGCGUGUGUGUGUUUCUGCAAUUGUGCUGACAGCAAACGGAGGCAGAGCUCAUGAUGCUGACAGGAUUAAUCUGCAGACAUUCAUCCAUUCCCUCACAACUCUUCUCCUCAAAGUCAUCACAUUUCUCUCUUGGCUUCUCUUCCUUUCCAGAAGUACAGGGUUGACAUGCCCGGCUCCAACAGUGCCUUCAUACCCACCAUCAAUGCAAUCACAACCAGCCAAGACCUGCAGUGGAUGGUCCAGCCCACCGUCAUCACCUCAAUGUCGAACCCAUACUCCCGCUCUCACCCGUACGGCCAUCACCUGACCAAUGGCCCCGGGCUGCUGGGACACAACACGCUGGCUCGGCCAGGGGUCAUCCGCUCCAUCGGGGAUGCCAGGGGCCGGCGCAAGAGGGACGAACAGGUGAGGUUAAACAACACCCACCUGAGCAAAAAACAAAUUAUUUUGAUAUUUUUCAACCAACAAAGCUGCAUUUUAAUGGAUGGACAGAAAAUUAAAUGAGGUUUCUUCUGAAAUGAGGCAAAAAAAAGUCUUUUCAUUUGAGUAGAAAUCUGGAAACAAUCAUCUCAAGCAUGUCCGUCAGUUUAUUUUAUUGUGCCAGAAAAUGCCUCACAUUUUUGUUGUUGUUCUCCUGCAGCCAGCCAGUACCAAGCUUUUGUUUAUACUAUUGCCCUUGAUUAUAUUUGCCUGGUAAAUGUCUCAUUUUAUCCCUCCUGUUCCUGUCUCUUUUUUUUAACCCUCAGCUUACACCAGAAGAAGAGGAGAAAAGGAGAGUAAGGCGUGAGAGGAAUAAGUUAGCCGCCGCCAAAUGCCGCAACCGCAGGCGAGAGCUCACAGAGAUGCUGCAAGGGGUGAGUCUAAAAAACCUGAAACCACUGCCGACAGAUCGAGAUCUGUUUACUUUAAAAUAACACAAAAAUCAGAGCUAGUCCUGGAGCAUCAUGUUCCUCUUAUGCGGCCAACCAGCGCUUCCUGUUUUGGACUCAAAUGUGCAGGGCUUUGAGAGUCAAAACUGCAACCAAAAAAAAAAAAAAAAAAACAGAGAUAGAAAAAGAAAAGAUGUUGCACAAGAAGGAAAACUAAGUCAUUCUUCUUCAGAAGUCAGAAGUCUGGCUUAAGUCCAGAUUUUUCGCUGAGUGAUUGAACUCCACACCUAAAUUUACAACCUCACAUUACUGGUUCCACUCUUGCUGCGUCUCUGAGUGCAAGGUCUGAGUGACGAGCUGACAGGCGAUGAAAAGCUUUUUGUCUCAGGCAGCUGUAGACAGAGGUAGGGCUGUCUGCAGCGGCCUUGCCUGGCAGACAGUAACAGCAGCUAAAUGGACUAAUUAGCCGAAUUACAGUGAGGUUGAGCUUGUCAGGCCUUAAAAAACCCCCAGGAAUGGAAUUUGCUGUAGGCAGCUGUCUCCAUGAAUGCGGGACAUUUGGUAAAAAGGGGCCAAUUGCUUGUCUCACAAUCCUACAGAGGAACACACUGCACACACGCUCACACAUAGAUACACACAGACACACAUCACAGCCUUUCCUUCCAGAGAAAAAUUUAAAAAAAGGGCGGCUUAUAUCUUCACACGCCUGUUUUCAAAACCCGAAAUAAGGAAGUGUCACUUUCCAGUGAAAGAAGGAGCAAUAUUCCUGCAAUGUGUCCUCUUUGAUCAAACGAUAAUGCCUCGGCUCCUUGUGUGCUACUUCCUCAUACCUUUGCCCGUGAGUCAAAGUUCUCAGACAGCAUGUCAGCUUAUCUGUGAUGUCUACGGCUGACAAUCGGCUUUUAUGGGAUCUGCUUUUGUCCUCUAAUGUGAUGCAUUAAUGACACACCACACGCAAACUAUGCAGACUCAUUUAGUGAAACUCAGAUCGAAGCAGAAGGCUUUUCGUUUACAAGCUGUGAAUCCAACCGCCUCAUGACUGCUAUGUUUGACUUACUGUGUCGUUUCUAUGUUAUGUAGCAAACAAACACUGCCCUCUUUUGGAGCUCAAGGAAAACAAACAAACUGAGCUCCUUCAUUAGAGAUUCUGGCUUCAUCCAAACUUAAAGAUAUUUAAAAAAAACUAACGCUGUGAUGUGUUUUCUUUAUAAGGAUAUAAAAAAAAAUAUUAGUGCUGAGCCUUAUAUGUACACACAUGAAAUUAAAAGUCAAAGUCUGCUUUUCCUGACACUCAGCUCAGCUCUUUACCAGCAUAUCUGACUCUAGAUCUGAAAAUAAGUAUAUUCUGUACCAUGACCCUGUUCAACGUUGUUCUAUCUAUAAGAAUUGUGGUAAAUAAACAAAUAUUAAAAAGUGCUUACAAACUCAAAUAUCUCCAUUUCUAUUGUCUGUCUGGUGUUUGUCAUGUUUUAAACAUUACCCAUGUUUGCAAAAGCAUUUUUUUAAAUCAUUAGUUAAUGUGAGGGGAGCUGACAGCUGGCGGCACCACAAUAUUCAGGCUGCUGCCUGAGAGGUCAGAGUGAGAAAACACUGAUUAUAUGCAUCAGAUCAUUUUCUAAUUUAUUGCAAAUGCUCCAAUUGAGAUUUCUUAUUUACCAUGCAGCCCCACCACAAGCUGAGAAUGAACUGCAGUAAUUUGAGUCUGGAUGUCUGCACUGCAAAAAAAAAAACUCGAAACCAAGCACACAUUUCUGUCAAAAUUUUUGUUAGAAAAUGUAAUCUGAAAGACUUCAUAUAAACUGCGCUCACCAGACAAAUAAUAAAAAAAAUCACUUAUUUCAGGAUGUUUUGAGCAAAAAGGGGUUUGACUUAAGAUACUAACCGCAGAUUUUUCCCUCCAUGGGAAUUGGGGUCUUUUUUGGUACACCAUGUCUUAAACGAAGAAAUCUACCUGAGCGUGUCAGGUUACUGAGUCUGCACUGCAAAAACUUCAGUCUUUGUUCUUGUCUCAUUUCUUGUAAAUAAUCGCUGUAAUUUAAGCCAUAUUCAUGUGACAAGUCCAAAAGAAAAAUACCCUAAUUAGAGAUAUUUAGCCCCAAACAAUAAGAUGUGAAUUCCUUAAAAUGAGUAAAAUGUGAAACCUGAACUCCUAUUUGAAGAAAUGUCUCAGGUAAAUUUUCUCUAUUCCAUCGACAGAUUUUUGUACUCUUGAUAUAAAUAAUCCAGGUCUUAUUUUUGGCGUGUGAUAACUUAAAAUGAGAUUUUUGGGGGUAAUAGUGGCUUUAAUUUGUCUACUGAGUUAUUUUAACCAGAAACAAGACAAAAAUGUUUAAAUUUGUGUUUCUGCAGUGACGUCUCUCUAUCCUAACUCAUUUCAUGGGGUCUUAUUGAACCCCAGUUAUCCCCUAAAAGUGAUUUAAUAGAUUAACCAAAAAGUCUGCUGUUGCUAAAAUAAUUCUCAGGAUUAUUUUUACAGUAAAAAGUGGCAAAAUUUAACAUUGAAGAACAAAUGGCUUCAGUCUAUGCAGCUGUAUCCCUUUCCUUGUUUUCUUAUUGUUUUUACUCCUCUAGUUUGUUCAACAGUGAGUCUUUGUUUUGCAGUUUAAUGUCACCAUUCUAAUACAGACGAAUGAUGGUUUAUUAUUUGUUUAAAAUUGUGUGAUGGUUUGAGAUUAUAAAGUGAAGAAUUAUAUAAAAAGUAAAGCAGUCAAAUAUUCAAAGACCAAAUCCAGUAGAAUAAAUGCUAAACCAUGCUGCCUGUUUCUCCUUACAGGAGACUGAGAAGCUGGAGGAGGAGAAGGCCGACCUGCAGAAGGAGAUCGAGAGCCUGCAGAAGGAGAAAGACAAGCUGGAGUUCAUGCUGGUCGCCCACAAUCCCGUGUGCAAGCUCCCCAUGGACGAGCGCCACCAGCCAUCCGGGCACCAGCAGCACCACCAGCAGCCGCAGUGCGCCCCUCUCCCCUUGACCAUGCGCCCCACCAUGGCCCCCCGUGCCCAGAUGAGCCAGGUGGUGGUGAAGCAGGAGCCGGAGGACGAUGUAGACAUGAAUAAGCAGCGCUCCGUCAUCAAACCAAUCUGCCUAGGCGGAGGCGGUGGGAUCAGCGUUGGGAUGUACUGCACAGAUGGAGACAGCCUGAACACACCGGUGGUGGCGGCAUCCACCCCGGCUGCCACGCCCAACGCCCCCAACCUCAUAUUCACCUACCCAAGCAUGCUGGAGCCCGACAGCCCCUCACCCUCCUCUGAGUCCUGCUCCAAGGCCCACCGGCGCAGCAGCAGCAGCGGGGACCAGUCCUCAGACUCCCUCAACUCGCCCACCCUCCUCGCCCUCUGAGCGCGGCUCUGCUCGGCUGAGAAACAAACACUGUGGCUGAAGGCAUCACGAGGAUCAACCGCGCCCUCCCUCCCCCUCCCUCCCUCCCUCCCUUCCAGUGUCUUUAAAAGACUUAAGAGCAACAACAGUCCAGACCAAGCUGACCGUGUGAGCCGUUCCCCCUCCACAGGGAGACCCACAAGGGCUACGCCAUGUGUUUCUUCUUGUUCUGCUUCAUUGUACAAGUUUCUUUUUUUUUUGUAAAAGUGUGUGCACCGAUCCUACAAAGUGUCACGCCUUCGCCAUUUCAACUCCAGAGAGUCAACUUGUUUACUGAGCAGAUGAUUCUGAAGAGAAGUUUUUGCCCAAAUCUGGCAAAUUGUGAGUUGAUGUGACUGACUACAACUAGAGAGCGUGUUCUUAAUAUAUAUAUUUUUCAAAAAUGUUUAAAAGCCAUGCGGCCAACACUUGCACUCCGCCAAGAUGAAUCAAUAAAUCACUAAACGAGGUCAGCGUUCGACUGGAAUACCCCACAAGAGAAAGAGACACUGAGCGAAGACUUCCUCUUGGCGUUUUUUCCUUUUAGGUUUUGGACCUUGAUUCAGGAACCGUUACUACGAGUGUGUACACAUUUCUGACGCUAUUUCCAUCUCUUUAAUUGUAUUUAUGGCCUGUGCUGAUGAAAUUUUAUAAAGUGUUUUGUUGACGACAUUGUCUUCUCCUUUAUCUGCCUGUAGAAAAGCAAAAUGGUCGUCCUCACAGGGCGGCCGAAGCACUCCUCAGUGUUGCAAAGGAUACGAGCCAACUUUCAAUCGAUGACUAGUUCCUCAAUACUCUAUACCUUCUAUUUUUGCCAUAGUGGCUUGACUUUACAGUAGUAUUGGUGUGCUUUUCCUCAGUGAUUCUGUACCUGAACUUUACAACCUGUUUAUGACAAAGUGUAUGUGAUUUACAUUGAUGUCAGGGAUAUCUCUCAUGUGUAGUAGAACCCCCAUCGUGAAGAGCGUUUCAAGACUGCCGGCUGUCGGAUGGUCUAGCCAAAGUGUUGCAGACCUGGUACUGAAGGUCGUCGCUUUAUUGUGUCACUUAAAGAAGGUUUUGUCUUGCUUUUUUUUUUUUUCUUCGGCGCAGAUGAUGUAAAAGUUUGACCAAACUCCUCCUGACACUGGAUUCUGUUCUUUGUUUUUAUAUAAAUAAAGGUCUAACCUUUUUCAACACUGCCUCUCAGGGCAGGUCAGGUUUCAAAAAAGCCAAAAAGGGUUCGUGUGACACAUGUUAUCCUGUAAUUUGUUCGUCUUUGUCUAAAAGGAGGGAAUUUGCUCAAAUUUGAAAAAGCCACUGUGGUCUAGACUGUCGCCAGCUGCCAAUGAUGUCAAGCUUGUUUCUACUGUGUUUUGUAAAUCUGUCACUUUUAGUAAAGAAACAUUCAAAUUCAACUCAGAUGUGCUGAUUUAUGGUUGUAUGAACAUUCGCCGACACUAUGGUACUCAGUGUAAGGAUGACUUUUAAACACAGACAAAGUUCACUUUUCGAUGAUAAGGAAGGGAAAACUCUCAACAGCUGGCCUGACGUGAAAGAGGGGACAUGUUGAGGAUAUUUCUGAGGUUCUAUGAAGCACUUCUGCAUUAUUUUUACAAGUGUGUAACUUAAAGGGAUGAGGGUUUUCAAUACUGUGCACUGAGAGGGACAAAAGCGAUAUCUGGGAGUUUUUUUUUGUUUGUUUGUUUUGUUUACUUCAAACAUUCCUAACAAAUAUAAUGUUGGGGGGAAAUGUUAAAGAAAUAAAAGUUCUUAUUGGAAGACUUUUUGUUUUGCUGGAUGCAGAAAAAAAAUAACGGACUUGCAACUCAAUACAAGCUGCUGCUACUUUGGACAGAACACGUCGGCUGUUUCUGGGGAGAGGAUGUCGGGUUUAACAUCAAGGGUUGUGGUUUUGUCUGGAUGCAAUAGGAAAUAUUUCAUCCACACAUUAAAGAAGUGACCAAAAACAAAACUGUGGGCGAAUCUGACAUGUCUGUAUGUUGAAAAUAAAGUGAAGCCCCUCGACACACAUAGGAAAGCCAUUGACUGUAGAUCUUCUGCUGUACAUGUCAUCUACUGUCUGUCGCCUGUUUUCAACUAUUACUUCUUUUCCAAAUGCUUUAACUGUUUAAAAUGAUUCAAAAUGAAUAAAAAACAGCAAUAUGUAUAGCAGUGUUUGUUAAUUUAAAUGAGUAAUAAUAAAAGAAAAUCAUUUUCAACCCGAUUCUGUUGUACGUCUUUCAUGGGAAUACACAAACCUGAUUUUAUCAGACUGAAGUUCGGAGUGAUAUAAACCCUUUACCUUUAUUAUCCGAAAAUAAGGUGUCUGUUUUAGGGCCCUGGCCCUGACCCUGUAUAAGCAGCAAAUAAGUAGGUACUUUUGAUAAAAGCUGUGAAGCCCAGAUAAUAAGAACUUUUGAAAAUAUAAAUGAUAAAAAAAGACAGUAUUCAAUACAGUCAGAUAGAUUCAAUAAUCACCCAAAGCCCUUGAAGCAGUGCUUCAGUUUGACAUAAUCAGAGAUGAAAUGUACUUCACUGCCAAACUCAAACACCAACCAAUUUUAAAAUGCAUCCUCCUCUACGAUAAAGCAGUAACUUUUUACAGUGUAAAUCACAUGUGGAGCAGUUGAUAAGAAAAAAAAAGUAAAUAUAAUAAAUCCUCCAUCAUUAAAGCUGUUCUCAUUACUUUAUACCAUUAACAAAAUAGGAGCUGAUAGAUUUAAAUGAACAUUCAAGAUGAUGCUCAUGGUGCUGAUGGAAAGCUUUACACAGAAGUGUCUGUUAUCAGCCCUCAUAAUUAUAAAUAGACCCUUUUUAUGAGAGUUGAAAAAAGAGAGUUUAUUAUCAUGUGUGUCAAAUAAACUCAUAUGCAGCUUUAGCACUAUAGCAUUAUAUGAUUUUUGCCCUUUUGUCUUGUUUAACAGUUUUGUGUAAGAAUCAGAAGUAAUCCAUUUAACCUUAGGGGGGACCAGGUUGCUUUUAUAUGCAUCAUUACAGACUUAAAAUAAUAUAGAGUCAUAUCAAAAUAAUAAAAAAAUAAAAUUCAAUGAAAUUAAGCACAAAAAGUGCAGAAAGGUUAGAAAGUAAAGCUGUGAACACAAAGCGCAGCGUGUGGCGUUGAACAGUGUGGGCUCAGGUCUCUCAGUGUGGUAUAUCACUGCAAACUGCACUUAUUCGGUCAAUUAGAGAAAGAACAGUUCAAUCCCUUUUAUAAAUAUAUAAUCAAUAAUAUACCUCAUUUUUCAACACACCACCUGUUCAUUACAAAGUCAAAUUUACACCAUUAAUCCUUUAGCUCCUAUUACAGAUAAAAAGUGGAGUUAGAUUCAGUCUUGAUGCUCAUUAAGUCCUCUAAAUUAAAGACUGAAUUACUGAAGGACUUUCUAAUAAAACGUUCAGGCUGUGCAGUGCAGUCGACUUAAACGCUGACCUUUACUAAUGACCGCUGAGAAGUAUUAAAUCUGAACACAACCCCUCAAACCCCGUUAGAUAAAAGGAAACACAGCAAUAGAUGUUACCUGUUUCUGAUUUGAUCAAAAUCGCCCACUCUGAACUGACAAACUCGGAGUUUUAAAGGCCUGACGUGUUGAAGUGGACUGAGCUUGUUCAAAUCGUAAGUGCGUACUGCCCCCACAUGGUCAGGAAGGGGAAUUACAACACCAGGGAGUCGAAGCGUUUGAUUGGCUCCUCAUAUUGUAAAAGUAUACUUGAUGUCAUGUACAGCAAGGAAGCUAUCAUAUUGUAAUUAAAUAUUAUAUAAUAUAAUAAAGUUCAAGAUGAUAUAAUUUUCAACACAUGAUAAAUUUAGAUAUUACAAAUAUAAGAAACAAUAUAAACAGAUGAUACAAUGCAAAACAUGAAAUAUAUAUCAUGAUAUAAAAUGAUAUAAAAUGAUGCAAUAGAAUAUAAAACUAAUAUAUAAAACUAAUACAAUUUCAAAUAAGAUACUUUGAUAUAGUAUAUCAUUAGAAAUUAUGAUGUACUUAGUGUAAAAUUAGAAAUAACAGUAUUUUUAUAUAAUCAAUUAUGUUAUAUAACAAAAUAUAAUGCUCUAUAAUUUAAGAAAUAAUUUCAAUAAUUUCAAAGAUGUACAAUACAUUAUGGUAUGUAAUAAAGUGUAAUUUCAUAAUAUAUUAUCAUAGUAUGUAUUUUCUUGUAAUAUAAUAUAACAAUAUUACAUUAUAUUAUAUUAUAUUACACUGUAUUUACUUGAUUAAAUCCAGGUAGAGCCUUUUUUUUUGCCAGGCAGUGCAUGAUACUGUAUAAUAUUAUGUGAAAUAUGUGGUCCAAAAUAUGACACAUAAACAAAAAGAUGGAAAAUUAGACUAAAUGUAAAGAUAAAGAAUACAUUUUUCGGAAAGACUUGAACAACCCAACAGUAACAUCUAUAACAACUGAUAAUCCUUUUAUUUUGGGUUGGAUAAAUAAGAACCUGAGAGGGAGAGAAACAGUUUUAAAACUUUGGUGAAACGGAAAUAACUCCAGAUCUGAAGCCAACUCAAAGAGCAAACUUUUGACCAGAGGUUCCCUAAAGGAGGGUUAAGACACACUGAUAGAGGGGUCACUAGAUGCCUUCCCAAGAAUACAUAACAUUUUCACACUUGGAAAUACAGAUUUUAUCUGUUUUCUUAAAAGUCAUAAUAAAUGUUGUAGGUAAAGCAGUCAUUUUUCUGCUUUUCUUUGUUGCCCUAUAAACUCUAUAAAUCCCGAUGAUUGCUGAUUCAGAAAGUAUCAGUUGCAUCAGCUGAUUUACAGCCUCAUAGGCAACACAACAGCAUGUUGAUGCAAAGUGAAUCUAACUUAAGCAAGCUACUCUCUGAGGUUGGAUAAAAAGCACUGAACAUCUCAGAUGAAGUGUGUUACAUUCCUGCAAACCUGCUGAGUGGAAAAUGAAGCUGACCCUCUGUUUCUCCUUCAUACGGCUCACUGUGUUGACUCUUGGUGAGGCUGUUUUAAGAGCUGGAGCAGUCAUCGUGUUGAUUCAGGAGAGGAUCAAACAAACAGAGAUGCUCCCCUGCAGCCUGCUCUCUGCUCAGUUUCAUCUCUGCAGAAACAGACUCAUUCAGAGACUUUAUAACAUUACUUCCUCCAUCUGUGAUCACUUUCUAUUAAACAUUUUUGAGGCACAUUUAUUUAUGUCUUUAUCGAAAGGAUUUGUCUGGUCUCUCCUCAAACCCGAUCCCUCUGCAGUGUUCAGGUUCAGUUUUCCACGUUGAGACUUAUGCUAAGUGAUAAAAUUGUACUGAGGAUAUGAUUGUAUCUCUGAGACAGGAUCCUGAAGCUAUCGAUGGUGGAAAUUUAAGCACUUUUCAUGAAAUCAAACUCUGAGUUUCUUGGGUGUUUCAGGCUGAGUCAGAUGGUUUGCACAGACAUCCUGUAAUCUGAUAGUAACAGUGAAUGAGCUUCCUAUGCAGAGACAAUGGUGUUAAUAGAUGCAGUUUUGUUCUUUGUGUUACAUUACAUUACAUUAGUGGUGUUAUGAUAGGAACACAUACAGGGACCACAUAGUGUCACCCUACACACUUACACACUAUGAAAAUCAAUAAAAAAAAUAACUAUAAUAUUAUUUUAUCAUAAGUAUAAUAUUAUAACAACUAAUAAUUCAACCUUAACUAAUGAUAAUAACUAUAAUUAUCAUAUAAUGUAUAAAAACUAUAAUAUUAUUUUCAACUUUUGACCGAAAAUGUCAUGUUUUUUUAAACUCAGAAUUUAACCCUAUAGUCUCAUAAUUAUACCUAACUGUGAUUUUUUAUCUCAUAUUAUUACUGACUCCUCAAAUCUGGACUUACAUAAUAGUAAAUGUUUGCUUACAUCUUACCCUUUUCCUCAUGAUUCUCUCUCUGAAUCUUAUUACCACAACUUGAUACCUCAUAAUUUUAACUUUUAUUAAACAUUUAAGGUUUGUUCAUCCAGGUACCAUCCAUUUCUAAUUUUUUGAUAGAUUGGAGCAUCUUUCUCACACCUCUCAGUCUGUUAUUAAUUCUGGUGUCUAUAUGUUUUCAUUUUAGGGUUCCUUCGAGCCUUUCCUUAUGUUUUAGCAAGACCUUCAGAAUAUGCUGAUACAUACCUAAAGGGAUAUUCUGGAGUAAAUUUAAGUUAUGUUCAAACACACCAUAACACAGCGUUAGACACCCCCUCGAGAGAUGAAUGUUGCCGACUGCCUGCUUCUCUAGUUAUACCAAUUUAGUAACAACCACACGAAAGCAAUACACAGCAGGCUAUGUCUCCACGUGCAAACCUCAACCAAAAC